AUGGACGGUGUGUGGAAGGGCUGGGUGCUGCUAAUCGCUCUCUACUUGGCUUCCUCCCAAGCUGUGGCGAGCCCCCUCUCCUGGCAGAAAGAGUGCACAGAGGGGCCUGAGAACUGGUGUCAGGAUUUGCAGACGGCUUUGCGGUGUGGGGCUGUGGAGCACUGCCAGCAGACUGUUUGGAACAAGCUUCCUGUGAAAAGUAUCCCUUGCCAUAUGUGUAAAAUGGUGGUAUCAAUGCUUGGGAAGAUCUUGCAGGACAAUCACACAGAUGAAAGGAUCCGUGCUUUCUUGGAAAAGUCAUGCCAGUACCUUCCUUUCCAGGACUGGUCAGUCAAGUGCAAGAAGAUGGUGGAUACUGGCAUGAUAAUGAUCGUAGAGCUGAGCAAACAAGUAUUGUCCAACCCUGACGUAGUAUGCCGUGCCAUCACCUUGUGCAAAUCCAUGGAGACUCAUGAGGACACUCUGAAGAUUCAGAAGCCACUGCAGUCCAAUGAGAUACCUGUAAUGGACUUCCCUGAAAUGGUGUCUCCCUUCCUUGCUAAUGUCCCUCUUCUCCUUUACCCCCAGGACAAAACCCAGCAAGAGGCCUUGGAGGGAGGACACUUGUGUGGAGACUGUGUUCAGCUGCUUGCUGACAUUCAGGAGAAAGCGAGAACCGGGCCUUUCUUCACUGAGUCCUUAGUUGCUACUGCCAAGCAACUGUGUGAACACUUGGGACCUAACAUGGCUGCUGGGUGCAAGAGCUAUAUUUUUGAAUACUCAGAGUUUGCCAUCCAGUUUAUGAUGCACAUGCAACCGAAGGAUAUUUGUGGCAGAGCUGGAUUCUGUCCUUCCCUGAAAUCUGUGCCCCUCCAGUCUCUGGGACCAGCUAAAGUGAUGCAUAUGUCCAAUAUGAAGGCGCUUGUGGAGCAGGAAAACCUGGGACCAGAAAAUAAAGCUCCCCUGUGCAGUAUGUGUGAGAUUGCGGUAAAGGCAGCAGAGAGCCUGCUGAACAACAACAUGACAGAGGAGCAAAUAGUCCAUGACAUGGAGAAGGUCUGCUACAUGCUACCUCAUGGUGUCUUAGGGCAGUGUAAGGACUUUGUGGACUCCUAUGGCAAGGCUGUCGUUGUCAUGUUGUUGGAAGCAACUAAUCCCGAAGUUGUAUGCAUCAUGCUGAAAUGCUGCCCCAAGAGUAGCCCUUCACACACUGAGAGAAGUGCCCUGGAGCCGUUACCGGUAAAUGUUGGCGAGUUCUGCAACGUGUGUCAGAUUGUUGUAACUUAUAUUGACAAUGAGCUGGAGGAGAACGAGACACAGGCUGAAAUUGGGACUCUGCUUGUGAAGGGCUGUCAUUUACUGCCAAAACCCUUCACAGACAAGUGUGAUGAGAUUGUGCUGCAGUAUGAACCAGAAGCCCUACGACUCCUGGUACAGAUAUUGGAUCCUUCUUUUGUGUGCACUAAAAUAGGAGCUUGUGUAUCAUCCAAAGAGGAUCUCAUGGGUGAAGAUCCAUGUGUGUGGGGCCCAAGCUACUGGUGUAAGAACAUGGAGACUGCAGCUCAGUGCAAUGCCGUUGAGCACUGCACACGUCAUAUAUGGUACUAGAAGAAACCUUUCCAGCUGAAAAUGUUUGCCAUGGUUUUGAUUAAGCAUCCUGGAUUUGUUUGGGUGGGGACAGGUGAGAGGUCCAGGUCAGUUCAAGAGCUGUCUCUCUCCUCUCCCUUCUGAAGGGCCUGUGCCUUCAGGUUUGUUCGCAGUGCUGCUGCCAUUUAGGGAUCUCCUCUGCAAUGCUGACUCAACAAAAGCCUUAAAACUGUACCGUUCUUUGUGCAUUUGGAGCAGAGGAGUUGUUGGGUGGGGAGUGGUGUAGCGU